AUGGACGAACGCCAACUCCCACCCCAAUUCCUGGACCGCUACAGCGGAGCCACCUCGCGCAUCCCCACCCUCGAAACCAAAACCCCCAUCACAACUUCGGCAGUCCCAGGCCUAGACGCCACAACCACCCGUCACAAGUAUGACCCACGUGGCUGGUCCCUGCGUAACAGGCUCCUCGCAGGCGGAGCAGCCGUCGUCCUACUAUUGAUCGUAAUCGUGGUUCCCGUUGAAGUCGUGAAAAACAGAUACCCGAAGUACAUACCCCUGGAUUACACCCUCACAGAUACAUACGAGGGAACAUCCUUCUUUGACCACUUCACCUACUUCACCGAGCAAGACCCUACAUCCGGCUUUGUCGUCUAUGUCAACAAAGACGCAGCCACAGACUUGAACCUCACGCACGCGACUGAGAAUUCAGCCAUCCUCCGCGUCGAUGCGAAAACACUAAACACUAUCGCUGGCCGGAACUCAGUCCGUUUGGAAUCGACCAAUCAGUAUGACAAUGGUUUAUUUAUCUUCGAUAUCCUGCAUACACCCUUCGGAUGCGGGACAUGGCCAGCGCUGUGGUUAACAGAUGGUUAUAACUGGCCUUCAAAUGGGGAGAUCGAUGUUCUCGAAACAACAAACGAAGGAGCACACGGUAACGAGGUCUCCCUGCAUUCCUCGAAAGGUUGCACAAUGAAGAACGUCAAGCGCAAACAAACCGGACGAGUCUCCUUCGAUAACUGCGAUGGUAGUGUCAGUGGGAAUACAGGCUGUGGCGUUGUCGGUGCCGAUGAUUCAUAUGGCGCUGCACUGAACAAGGCUGGUGGUGGUGUUUAUGCACUUGAACUGCGUGACGAUGGCAUCCGUGCUUGGUUCUUCAGAAGGGAUUCCAUACCCACUGAUAUCACGGAUUCCAAACCUGAUCCUUCUACCUGGGGCACUGCUUUUGCUGAUUUCCCAGGGACCGAGUGUGAUAUUGCUUCACAUUUCAGGAACCAGAGUAUCAUUGCUAAUAUUGAUCUUUGUGGGGAGUUGGCUGCUCAGCCGCAGUUUUAUGAUGAGCUUUAUCAUUGUCCUGCUACUUGUACUGAGUUUGUCAAGAGUAGUCCGCAGAGUUUUGUGGAUGCCUAUUGGGAGUUUAAGAGUUUCAAGGUUUAUCAUGCCUCUUGA